GCGUUUUGUGUAGACAAAAUCAGAUGAAGGUAUCCCACCUGCUUCGAUCAGUGCAGUAUGCCACACUGACUGUAGUGGGGUGGAUUGUGUGCCCUAUAAUUAGACUGAUAUUUAGUCUAAUCUACAAGUCCAGUUCAAAAUGUGUGGACCCCAUAGAAAAUCCGCUAUGUCUAAUGACAGCUGUGGAAUUAGCGGGAAAGAUCAGGUCAAGGGAGGUCACUGCAGAGAAGGUCAUGCAGGCUUAUAUAGAGAGAGCCAAACUAGUGAACAAGGACUGUAACUUCAUUGUGGCAGACAGAUUUCAAGAAGCAUUACAGGAAGCUAAAAGUGUGGACAGGAUACUGGACAGUAAAAUAAAGUCUGAGAAAUACUCCACACAAAACGCUCCAUUCCUAGGAGUCCCAACAUCUAUCAAAGAGGCUUUUGCUCUCAGAGGGAUGCCACAGACAUCAGGAUUAAUGAUCGUGAAGGACUAUAAAGCCACAGAAGAUGCUCCUGUUGUCAAGCGCUUGAGACAGGCUGGAAUGAUUCCAUAUAUGGUAACCAAUGUCAGUGAACUGUGUAUGUGGUAUGAAUCAGCCAACAGACUGAACGGCCGAACAUGUAACCCCUACAAUACUGCAAGGAUAGUGGGGGGAAGCUCAGGUGGGGAGGGCUGUGCGAUUGCCUCUGGGGCUGCUGUGGCUGGCCUGGGGUCUGAUAUUGGAGGCAGCAUCAGAAUGCCAAGCUUCUUCAAUGGAAUAUUUGGCCAUAAACCAUCAGUUGGGUUAGUUCCCAAUGAGGACCAGUUUCCACUGCCAACUGGGCGAGACAUGGAGCUGUUGACUACAGGACCAAUGUGUAGAUAUGCUACUGACCUUCUACCUCUGCUAAAGGUCAUGUCUGGACCAGAGGCACAGCUAGCCAAAUUAGAUGAAAAGGUUGAUGUUAAGAAAUUAAGGUUUUACACAAUGUAUGAUGAUGGAGGAAAUCUCCUAGUGAGUCAUGUAGAACCAGAAAUCCAACAAGCUCAGCACAGGGUGGUUUCAUAUCUCUGGGAUACUCUUGGAGUUGCAGUAGAAGAAAUCAAUUUAAGUAAAAUGAAGUUUUCUUUUGAAAUGUGGGCGGCAAAGAUGGCGUUGUCAGGAGGAACCGACUUUGCAACAUAUAUGGCAAAUUUCAAUGGACGUGUUAAUUGUUUCGUGGAGUUACUGAAAUGGUUAGUGGGACGUUCAAAUCACACCCUACCGGCCAUUGGAUUGGGAAUGUCCCAAGGACUAGCCGAUCUAACACCACGGACCAAUAGAAAAAACUUACAAAUUCUCAAGAAAUUAGAUGAAGAACUUAAAGAAAUUUUAGGAGACAAUGGGGUCUUGUUAUAUCCAACACACCCAAAAGUAGCUUUAUAUCAUAAUGAACCUCUAUUUUAUCCCUUUAAUUUUGCUUAUACUGGCUUGUUUAAUGCCUUAGCAUAUCCCGUCACCCAGUGCCCGCUAGGACUGAACUCGGAAGGUCUACCUCUAGGAAUACAAAUCGUAACAACGCCAAACAAUGACAGAUUGUCUAUUGCUGUAGCAGUGUUUCUAGAGAGAGUGUUUGGAGGGUGGGUCCCACCAAGGACAACUUAAAUUCAUCACAAGUAGAAAUUUAAAAUUCAAACAGUGAAAUGCUUUCUUUAAAUUUUCUAUAUCCUAGAAUUUGAGUCAACUGUGUUAGUUUUUAUUAGAAAGAUGCUAUACUCCACAAAAACGAAGUCAAAGGAGGCUUGCAGCUUUUUUGGAUAAAAAGUAUUAUUCAUAAUGAUUGAAUAGGGCAUUAAUUGUUCAUAAAAGUUAAUACGAAGUUUUCUGUGAAGCUGUUUUGUAACUGAUUAUAUGCAUAUUAUUGAAUUAUAAAGGUCAAAUGAUGCACAGUUCUUAAGUUUAAACGUCUAAGUAAUAAAUCAAAAAUUUUGCAAGAUAUUCUACUGACAUUACCUAUAGAUAUAAGACAUAUUGAACAGAUUCUGCUGCCAAAAAAAAUUAGAACCCUGAAUUUACAUCUUUAAAGUUGUUCUCCUGUCAAACACUACAACAUAUACAAAUAUAAAUUUCUAAUAUAUAUAUAAAGAUGGAAAAGAUAAGAUAAAAUACCUCUGUAGGAAUAUUUUAAAAUUUACCGUAAUGAGGAAGUAAUCUAGAAAUUUUAUUAAAAAUAUUUAUUUGUUGUUUAUAUCAAGAGAUUUUCAUACGUGUGUAUUACCCAAUAAAAAAAUCUGUGCAUCAAAACGGACAAUUCUUUACU